UCGCGCUAAAGGCUUACGCUCAUGCUUCGCCGAGUUAUCAUCCCGCUGCACCACACUACGCAUUCUCAUGCUGCACCGUCUAUGCUGCACCGUUUGACCACCCACCUACGUCCCCCGACGCGUCCGAUAUUUCACCUUCAUACCCCACCUGCCCGAUGAGACCACGCAAAAGCUCUUCGACCUACACCAUAUCCUCAGGCUCCGAAUCCGACCCAUACGCCCCAUCGCCUUCUCCUCCGCCUGCAAAGCGUUCCAAAGUCACGCGAAAAACGGCCAAUGCCCCGGCUUGCGUUGCCUCGAGCCGUCCCCACGGGCCCGAGUACCACAGCACCUCCGAUGUGAUCACCUCCCAAGACGCCCUACUCGACUGGUUCGAGCAGGUCAGGGACAAACGCCGCAUGCCAUGGAGAAAACCGUACGACCCGGAUCUCUCCCCUGAGGCCAAAGGCCAGAGAGCGUACGAGAUAUGGGUCAGCGAAGUGAUGCUCCAGCAGACCCAAGUCUCAACUGUCAUCGCCUACUGGAACCGGUGGAUCGCCAAGUGGCCGACCAUUGCAGAUCUCGCCAAGGCAGACCUCGAGGAGGUCAACGCAAUGUGGCGUGGACUCGGAUACUACCGACGUGCCCGAUCCCUCCUUGAAGGCGCCAAAACGAUCAUGAGCAACCCAAAAUACAAAGGCCGCCUCCCUUCAGACCCCAUCGAGCUGGAAAAGGGGAUCCCCGGCGUGGGCAAGUACACUGCGGGGGCGAUAUGCUCCACGGCGUACGGCACUCGCACCCCACUGGUCGACGGCAACGUUCACCGCCUCCUCACCCGCCUUCUCGCCAUUCACGCGUCACAGACCGGCCCCGCCACCAUCAAACAACUGUGGAAAUCCGCUGCAGAGAUGGUCGACGCCCUUCCCGAUCGACCCGGUGUCGCUGGAGACUGGAAUCAGGCGCUCAUGGAGCUCGGUAGUCAAGUGUGCAAACCCACGGCGCCAGAUUGCGGCAGCUGCCCCCUGCGAUCAUCGUGCAAGGCCUAUGCCGAAGUGAAAAGGCCUCCUCCACAACCCACCCUCGCCUGUACCCUGUGUGAACCCAUCCCGACCACCAUCCCGUCCGUCUGCAUCUUCCCCAUGCGCAAGGAGAAAAAGACAUCUCGAGAGGAGCACGAGGUCGUCUGCAUCCUCGAAUGGCGUUCAGACACUGACCGGCGGUGGCUCUUCACCAAGAGACCAGACAAAGGCCUCCUCGCCGGACUCUACGAGCCCCCAACCACACCCAUCCCUCCCGACUCCACCUCCACCGAUCGUGAACGGCUCGCACUCGAGUCCCUCUCUACAUACGUCCAACUGACCCAAUCGCCAACCCCACGCUACAUCGCAUCCGUCCCACACAUCUUCUCCCACAUCAACAUGACCUACCACGUCGUUCACGUCCUCGUCGAGCCUCCCCCAGGCACGACCCUGCCACCCACCACAGGCAUCUGGUACGAUGCAGACACUGUCGAAUCUGCCAACGUCGGUACCGGGGUGAAAAAGGUCUGGGCCGCCGUCUACGGUUCCUGGGGCAGGUUCGAGGCCAAGACAGCCCCUAAAACCAUCCGCAAGGUCAUGAUGCCAUUGAUGCCUCGAAAAUAAUGCAUGCCACACUGUUCU